AUGAACCCCAAACCAGAAAAAACUCUAACCCUAGAACACUCGAUCAUCGUCUCCGCUCUCACGCACGUUAUCAACGGCUGUGAUGGUGAUGAUCCCACCACCACCGCCCUACUACAUGCCCUCCAGAGUUCCACAAGUGGGACCAGUAUUUUCCAGCCAAAUAAUGAAGAAGAGAAGGAAAAGAGUAAGAACAGGUACAGGGGAGUCCGCCGGAGGCCGUGGGGGAAGUGGGCUUCAGAGAUACUAGACCCCCGGCGAGCGAAGCGGGUGUGGCUGGGCACGUUCGAUACUGGAGAGGCGGCGGCGAGGGCUUACGACAAGGCUGCCAUUGAGUUCCGCGGAGCCGGAGCCAAGCUCAACUUCCCAUUGUCAGAUUAUAAUACAAACUCGGAACGAAACCGAGAAAAUCAAGAGCUUAAUCCCAAUGAAAUUGACAAGGCACAGAGCUCACACUCACAGUACGGAAACAAUGAAGAGCUCAGGCCCAACUCGUCGGAGAUGAGGAGUUGCGAGACAGACAGUGAAGAAUUUUGGGAGGAUCUUCCUCCGCUAUAG